AUGGCGGGACCGUAUUUGUCGCCGUUGCCGGGGGAUCUUUUGACGGAAUAUAUGUUCGGCAGACGACGGCAGAGACGAAAUAGGACGACCUUCACUCCUCAGCAGUUGAGCGAGCUGGAAUCAUUAUUCCAGAAGACUCAUUACCCUGACGUGUUCCUCAGGGAAGAAGUAGCGUUGAGAAUCAGUCUGUCCGAAGCACGAGUGCAAGUCUGGUUUCAAAAUCGACGAGCUAAAUGGCGUAAGCAAGCUCGCUUGCAGCUUUUGCAGGACGCAUGGAGAAUGAGGUGUUUGGGACUUGGAACACCUCCACUUGGUAUACCAGGUCACACAAAACCACCUGAAUCUUCACCAGAAGGUGGGGAAUCGCCGCCACCUAAAGAAAAUUUAGAUACACAGCCUAAUGAAAAUACUUCUGGUAUGAAAUCACCUCAACAGGAGACUUAUCAUCACAACGGAAAUAUGUCCGACAAUUUACCCAUACCACAUGAAAUACCACCUCCAAUGCCGUACGCAAAUGACGAGAGAAUACUUCAACAGCCACCGUUCCCGUUCCCGCCAUUAUUGAUGCAACAGCAGAUGGACAACGAAAUAGCUCCAACCGAUUUGAGAAUGGCUAAAAGCAAUCCAUGUCAUUGCACAGGAGAGGAGAUCAAUGAGCCGGAGAACUUAGCAUAUCGGAAACGAAGCGAUGACGUCAGUGACAGCGAAAGCGACACUGAAAUAGAUCUAACAUCACACUCCAAAGAUGAUGAUUUAAGAGAAUCGGAGAGACUAGCGAAGAGAAUAGCAACUAAUAUGUUCAGAAGUGACACCGUGCUACACGAUCUGUUACCUAACGAUCUCACUAUGGCGGUAAAAAACGAUAGGAACGGUAGAAAUGUAACGAUGUAA